CACAUGAAGCCCCAACCACAAGCGUUACACGCGUCUGCAUACCUCGACGCAGAGGAUCACACACUAUCUUCACUUGCUGAAUUUUUUGAGAGGUCAGGUCUCUGCGGAAACUGGCCCAUUUUCUUCCCCUGCGUAUUUCCGAUGCAAAUAGAGGACGGUUAGUUUACGAUCUAUAAGGGAUUUCUUUACCUGGCCAAAAAAAUGGUGCAAGGUGCGUCGUUAACUUGUCUAGCAGCUUCAGUAAGCCGUGGAGUUUAUGGAUUGACCGUACCGCAGUGGAGGAGGCAUUCGAACCUACUGAGGAAAACUCAUGCCGUUUCUGGGUUUGAUAGCCAAUGCCCUUUGCAUCACUGCCUUCAAGGUUUACACUUUAUGGGUAACCCUAACACAUUAAAACGAAGAAAUUUAAGGGUUGAAGCAGGAUGGCUGUUCAACAAAGGGGGUGAGCAGGAGCUGGACGCAAGCUCUGAACGUAGUGAGAGUGCGAAUGAAGAUAUACUGAUUUUCUUUUUCCAGUUAGAUUUGGCCACUCGAGUUCAGUAUGCUUUGAAUGUGGAGCAGUAUGACAUUGCACAACAACUUAGAAACAAGCUUACAGAGGUUGAAGGUGAGGUCAUUAGGCAGCAGGAAGCGAAGAGAGGAUCAUCUUCAAAGAGUGAAGCUCAAGAUAAGGCUAUAAGUAUCAUACGACUACGUGCAGACCUCCAGAAUGCAAUUGAUAACGAGAAUUAUGUAGUGGCAGCUGAAUUACGAGAUCAAAUUUCAGAACUGGAGGCAGAAUCUUUGGCUGCAUCUGCAAAAGCUCUGGUAUAUGAAAAUGCACAGUAUGCAUUUCGUUUAGGGCAGAAAGUGAAGCAUAAAACUUUUGGCUAUCAAGCUGUGGUUUGUGGAAUGGAUCCAAUAUGCUGUGAGUCAAGUUCAUGGAUGGAAACAGCACAGGUUGAAAAGUUAGCUCGUGGUUCUAGUCAGCCAUUUUAUCAGUUUCAAGGAGCAUGGUUUCCCCCCAGCCUCCUUCAUACCAUGAAAUCUAUCCUCUUUUGAUUCAAAAGAGUUGAGGUUAGAGCCUAGAGGCUUGGUUGGCCUAUGUAAUGGAGUUUCCAUGGACCAAAUUCAUUUCAAAUGCUUCGGUGCUGCUAUGUUUGGAGAUCAUAACAUGAUAAGUAGACAAAUUAGUUGAUUUUAUUGAAUUAGAAUAUUUUUUUAUUUUUUUAUUUCUAACUUUGGUUGAAAAAUAAUUGUGCAGUAUAGAUCUUGAACACUAGGUUUCUUGGUGUCGCAGCCAUACUCUGUUAUAAGACAAUGAUUUGUCUUCUUGGCCAAUUUGAGAUGAUUGUCAUAAGAAAAGGAGUUGGUGUUGAUUAGUGUUCAUCUUAUCCGUGCAUCUAUUUUGGUACACUAGCCUCCAUGGUAUAAUGCAGAGCAUUCACAAUCAAGUUCUUACAUGC